GAUUUUUGUGCGGCGUGUGUAGAAAGAAGUAUGUACAUAAUCCGAUUAUAAUUGAAACUAAAGUAAUAACAGAAUUAUCGCAUUUUUCAAAGCAGUGAAGUAAUACAAUUACCGAAAUCUAAAAGUUGUACCAGCAUUGUGAUACAAGUUAAGGUACAAAGAACCUUAUAAAUAUGGCAGUUCCAAAAAGAGGUGCCUCAGUUUUUGAGGACUUAUCAAAUGUAGAGUUUGAAACUAGUGAAGAUGUCGAAGUUAUCGAGAAGUUUAAAAACAUGAACCUUAAAGAAGAACUUCUUCGUGGUAUCUUCGCAUAUGGCUUUGAAAAACCCUCAGCCAUUCAACAGAGAGCAAUAAAGCCUAUUAUGAAAGGCAGAGAUGUAAUAGCUCAAGCACAAUCUGGUACUGGUAAAACAGCCACCUUUUCUAUUUCGAUUUUACAAGCUUUAGAUUUAACAAUGCGAGAAACACAAGUUUUAUGUUUGUCUCCUACUAGAGAAUUGGCUGUACAGAUUCAAAAAGUUAUUCUAGCUUUAGGUGAUUUUAUGAAUGUUCAAUGUCAUGCUUGUAUUGGAGGUACAAAUCUUGGAGAAGAUAUCAGGAAAUUGGAUUAUGGACAGCAUGUGGUUAGUGGAACACCUGGGAGAGUUUAUGAUAUGAUCAGAAGAAGAGCUCUAAGAACAAGAUCUGUAAAAAUGUUGGUUUUGGAUGAGGCUGAUGAAAUGUUAAAUAAAGGAUUCAAAGAACAAAUUUAUGAUGUAUAUAGAUUCCUUCCCCCAUCAACACAAGUUGUACUCAUUUCAGCUACACUGCCUCACGAAAUUUUGGAAAUUACUUCCAAAUUUAUGACAGAUCCUAUUAGGAUUUUGGUAAAACGUGAUGAAUUGACAUUGGAAGGUAUUAAACAGUUCUUUGUGGCUGUGGAAAGAGAAGAAUGGAAAUUUGACACCCUCUGUGACCUCUAUGAUACAUUAACCAUUACUCAGGCUGUUAUUUUCUGUAACACAAAGAGGAAGGUGGACUGGCUGACAGAGAAAAUGAGGGAAAACAAUUUUACAGUUAGUUCAAUGCAUGGAGAUAUGCCACAAAAGGAACGUGACAAUAUUAUGAAAGAGUUUAGAUCCGGACAGAGUAGGGUCCUAAUCACGACUGAUGUUUGGGCUAGAGGUAUUGACGUACAACAAGUCAGUUUGGUUAUCAAUUAUGACUUACCGAACAAUCGUGAAUUGUACAUCCAUCGUAUCGGUAGAUCUGGUAGGUUCGGGCGAAAGGGUGUAGCCAUUAACUUCGUGAAAUCCGACGAUAUCAGAAUUCUGAGAGAUAUUGAACAAUAUUAUUCGACCCAAAUUGAUGAAAUGCCGAUGAAUGUUGCUGAUUUAAUUUAAAUAUUUUCUUAUUUAUUUUUAUACUGAUACCACUACAUUAUCAGUAGAUACUUUUAUUUAACGAUAAGGUAUUAUGUAAUGAAGAAUGUAAAAUAUUUUGUAUGUAAAUUUAAGAUUUAGAAAUGUAAGAAUAUUAAAAUGUUUAUG